AUGGCGGCUUUGGUCGACUCGAUCCUCAACUCAGAUGCUUUUGGCGCCGCUCCCUCCUCACCACGACGCAGUGGACACGAGAUCCCUUCGUCCUCUCGUGGGCGACCGGUACCCUCCGAAAGCAAUGGGAUACCCUCUGAAGCCGAUAUCUUUCCAGACGACGAGAUUGUGGGAGUAGCCCCUGGACGAAACCAGAAUCCGCUGGAUCGAAACGUGUCGCAAGUGGUAGACCGUGCAGGAGAAAGAGUCCAGCAGGCCUUUGAAGAUUUCCUCGAGUCACAUACCGAAGAGCCAUCCUCGUCUGCGUUACCACCGUCCAGCGAAUUGAAAACAGACAAAUACUACAUCAACCAGAUCCAUGGACUGCGGGAAUUCCAGCUGUCCACACUCUAUGUCGACUACCGACACCUCCUGUCAUACAAGGAGGGCCCGAUCCUGGCAGAUGCGAUUGCAAGCCAGUACUAUCGGUUCCUCCCGUUUCUGACGAAAGCCCUGCAUCAUCUUCUGGCCAAGUAUGAACCGGUAUACUUCAAAGACCAUCGUCAAAUGACCAGCAAUGCAUCUCAAGCGGGGACUUCAAUGACCGGAAACGCAACCAGCGAGGCGAGCAGCCAGGGAGAGAAAACCAUCAAUCAACAAACCGACAAGAUGUUCACCUUGGCCUUUUACAAUUUGCCCGUUGUAUCUCGAAUACGACAGCUACGGACAGACCAGAUCGGUAAACUACUCUCCGUCUCCGGCACCGUCACAAGAACAUCUGAAGUCCGUCCCGAGCUGGCUCUAGGGACAUUCAUUUGCGAGGCUUGCAACACCUCUGUCCCCAACGUCGAACAGACAUUCAAGUACACAGAACCCACAGUAUGCCCUAACUUGGUCUGUGGGAACAAGACCGCGUGGAGACUGGAUAUCCGGAACAGCACCUUCGUGGACUGGCAACGGUGUCGGAUCCAGGAGAACAGUUCGGAGAUUCCAACCGGGAGUAUGCCGCGGACAAUGGAUGUCAUCCUUCGAGGAGAGCAGGUCGAGCGCACCAAGCCUGGCGAAAAGUGUAUCUUCACCGGUACUUUGAUUGUCGUACCCGAUGUUUCCCAGCUGGGGAUUCCCGGCGUGCGCCCAGAAGCAUCCAAGGACAACAGGAAUUUCCGUGGCGCAGACGUUGGUGGCGCCGGUGUAACCGGCUUAAAAUCUCUGGGGGUGCGAGAUCUGACUUAUCGCAUGGCAUUCCUCGCAUGCUUUUCCUGCCCCGACACAACGACUCCCGGCCAGCCAGCAAACCAACUGAACGGCCAAUCAACAAAUAUCCUCAACUCACUGCACCAGACUGACCUGUUCGACCAGUACGAUAGCGGCGAACGAGCCCAAGAGGCCUAUCUGGAGACGUUGACACAUGCUGAGAUCGAGGACCUGAAAUACAUGGUCCAUUCCGACAGGAUCUACAGCCGACUGGUCCAGAGUCUUGCUCCGACCGUGUACGGCCACGAGAUCGUCAAGAAAGGUCUCUUGCUACAACUUCUUGGAGGCGUCUCGAAAAUGACGCCAGAAGGCAUGCCCCUGCGAGGCGACAUCAACAUCUGCAUCGUCGGUGAUCCGUCGACCUCCAAAUCCCAGUUCUUGAAAUACAUUGCCUCGUUCCUGCCUCGCGCAGUCUACACUUCUGGCAAGGCUUCCAGCGCUGCAGGUCUGACGGCCGCCGUGGUGAAGGACGAGGAGACAGGAGAACACACGAUCGAAGCCGGUGCACUCAUGUUGUCCGAUUCCGGCACAUGCUGCAUUGACGAGUUCGACAAGAUGGACAUCAGUGACCAAGUGGCCAUCCACGAAGCCAUGGAACAGCAGACCAUCUCGAUCGCCAAAGCCGGAAUUCACGCAACACUGAACGCACGCACGAGCAUCCUCGCAGCGGCAAAUCCUAUUGGAGGCAGAUACAACCGCAAGACCACGCUGCGAGCCAAUAUCAACAUGUCAGCCCCCAUCAUGUCUCGAUUCGACUUAUUCUUUGUGAUUCUCGACGAAUGCAACGAGAGCAUCGACCGCCAUCUGGCGGACCACAUCGUCAACCUCCAUAUGUUCAAGGACGAGUUUGUGCAGCCCGAAUUCUCGACCGAACAAUUACAACGUUAUAUCCGCUUUGCGCGAACCUUCAAGCCGGUAUUCACGCCUCCAGCCAAAGCCCUGCUUGUCGAGAAAUACAAGGAACUCCGCUCCAACGAUGCAGGCGGCCUGGGAAAGAACAGUUACCGCAUCACCGUGCGACAGUUGGAGUCUCUAAUCCGGCUGAGUGAAGCAAUCGCCAAAGCCAAUUGUGUCGAAGACAUCACGGAACCGAUGGUGCUCGAAGCGUUCUCGCUGCUGCGCCAAUCAAUCAUCACCGUGGAAAAGGACGAUGUCGAAGUCGAUGACGAAGAUGAACCAGACAACACCGGCGAACCGUCACAGUCACACCAGGACGGCGACAGUCCCAUGGCUGAAGACGUUGCAGAAGAAGCAGAAGCAGAUGGCGGUAAUUCCCACGGAACCCCUGCACCAACACGGGCUCCCACAAAAAUUACGUUCGAAAAAUACCACCAGAUCCAGAACAUGCUCGCCUCGCGGAUCCGUGACUUGGAGGACCAGACCGGCGAAGGACCGGAGCAUGACGAGCUGCUUCUCUGGUACCUCGAGCAGAUCGAGGACACCAUCAACAAUGAAGAGGAACUCAAUGCCGAGAGGUCGCUGGCCAAGAAGGUGCUUAAGAGAAUGAUUAGGGACAAUGUCAUCAUUUCCAUCCGUGGCGAAGGGCUUGUCGGCGAAGACGAUGAUGACCAGGCCACAGCUGCAACGGGCCAACGACUGACUUACGCGUUGCAUCCCAACUGCGGUAUCUUUGAUGAGGACUGA